AUGGUGGUGCCAGGCUGGAUAUGGGCGGUCUUUCUGACCAUAUUUGUCUCCUUUCAGAGAACAGUGACGGCGCUGCAGCUGGACAUUAACGAUGAACGUAGGACCACGGCCUUCAACAUGAUGAGCUACUAUCAUGGCAACGAAUCGGGCCAAACGCCAGGAAAGCUGCCCGAUACCUGGUGGGAAGGUGGUGCUAUGUUCAUGACGUUGAUUCAGUACUGGUACUGGACUGGCGACACAUCCUAUAACGAGGUGACCACCCAGGGUAUGCUCUGGCAGAAGGGCGACAACGACUACUUUCCAGCCAACGAUAGUAACUAUCUCGGGAACGACGACCAGGUCUUCUGGGGUCUAGCCGCCAUGACGGCUGCAGAACUAAACUAUCCCGAACAAGAUGGUCAGCCAUCGUGGCUGUCGCUCGCCCAAGGUGUCUUCAACACCCAGGUCCCCCGAUGGGAUACGACCAGCUGCCAGGGUGGACUUCGUUGGCAGAUUUGGCCUUACCAGGCUGGUUAUACCACCAAGAACGCCAUCUCGAACGGAGGUCUGUUUCAAUUAGCCGCUCGUCUGGGACGCUACACCAACAACGAUACAUACACCGACUGGGCAGAAAAGAUUUGGGACUGGAGUGCGACAACGCCGCUGUUGCAGACGGAGGACUGGUACAUUGCCGACACAACCACCACAGAGGCAAACUGCAAGGAUCAUGGUGAUAUACAGUGGACGUAUAAUUAUGGAACCUACCUCAGCGGGGCCGCAUACAUGUACAAUCUGACCAAUGGCGCCGACAAAUGGAAGAAAGGUCUCGACGGUCUGCUUGCAAGUACCUUCUCAAGGUUCUUCCCGAAGGAAUACGGCAGCAACAUUAUGUCCGAGAUCUCCUGUGAGCCCAACAUGAUGUGCGACCGGAAUCAGGACUGCUUCAAAGGUUUCUUGUCCUCCUGGCUUACCUUUACUACAACCAUUGCGCCCUACACUGCCGAUCAGAUCCUCCCGAAGAUCCAGCAAUCCGCCCUGGCAGCGGCAAAGCAAUGCUCGGGAGGCGAUUCCGGCACUCAGUGCGGGCGGCGGUGGUACCAAGCGCAGUGGGAUGGCGAGACAUCGCUCGAAAGUGACAUGAGUGCCCUGAGUGUCUUCUCGUCGAAUAUGAUCACGCAUCGGCAAAGUCAAGGUGGCCAAUCUCAGGGUCCGUUGACGUCGGACACUGGCGGCACCAGCCAAAGCAACCCUAAUGCAGGAACCGGUCCAAAGGAUGCACCCAAUAAGCUGCCCGACAUCACAACCGGAGACCGUGCAGGUGCCUCCAUCCUUACUGUCCUCUUUGUCGGCAGCUGGGCUGGUGCUAUUACCUGGCUGGUCUAUGGAGGUUGA